GGCUGGAGAGGGGAGGGAGGGUUUGUAACAAGUCUAAGUGUAUAUAAAGGCUCUAAUAUUCAGCACUUCAAGAGCAUGUGAAGAGUGACAACAGCAAAGAACAGGUAGACAUCCCAGUGGACCACAGACAGCUGUAACGACCAACCCAACAACUGAAUGGGAUGAAGCCUGAAUACAGGAUGAUUUGGUAUGGGAAGUAUGCUGGUUUAGCCUUGGUCAUCUUCUUUGUGGCAGAACAGGGUGUGCAUUCCUUCCCUGACGUGGAGGCUGCAACCCAAGGGUGCCCAGAGUGUAGACUCAAAGAGAACAAGUAUUUCUCAAGGGCAGGGGUGCCCAUCUUCCAGUGUGUAGGAUGCUGUUUCUCUCGUGCCUACCCAACCCCAAUGAGAUCCAAGAGAACUAUGCUGGUCCCGAAGAACAUCACUUCAGAAGCAACAUGCUGUGUAGCAAAAUCAUUUUCCAGGGUGAUAGUGGAUAAUCUGAAGAUAGAAAAUCAUACAGACUGUCAUUGUAGCACCUGCUACUACCAUAAAUCUUAAGAAU